AUGCGCGCGGCGGCGGCGGCGGAGGAACCUUCGACUCCGAUCCGGCAUCGGCUGCAGAUCCUGCUGCUCGUCGCGUCGACGAAUUUGAUCUCCGUCUACUUCUUCUCCGGCGCGUCGAUGCGCGUCAGCAUGCCGUCGCACGCCCCCAGAUUCCAUCUCUCGCAAUCAGACGUCCUCCUCCGGGAGCUGAACUCCACCCAUGCAGAACUCUCCGCCGCGGAGUCUCUGCUCUCCUCGCUCACCUCGCAGUGCUCCGACUCGAGCUCUCUACUCCACAAGCUCCUCUCCGAACUCGGCCGCGUGCACCGCGACAAAUCACCAGCGUCGUCGUCAGUGCCAGCUGAUGAUCGAUUCGACGGGUGGCCCGAAGAGAAGCUCGCCGUGGGCCCACACAAGCUCCCCUUCGGCUUCACGCCAAACAUCGGCGCCGACGAGCUCUUCCCGCCGCUGGGAUUCGCGUGCAGGAUCUACCAGGAGGAGGUGCAGCAGUACAUGACGUACGAAGUCGGCGCCGAGUGCCCCGGGGACGCCGUGCUCGCCCAGAAGCUCAUGCUCCAAGGCUGCGAGCCCCUCCCCCGCCGCCGCUGCAGGCCCAAGCCUCCGGCCGGCUUCCCGGACCCUGCCCCGCUGCCCGACAGCCUCUGGCGGAUCCCGGCCGACGCCACCGUCGUGUGGGACGCGUACACGUGUAAGAACUACAGCUGCUUGGUCAACCGGGGGAGGUCAAAGGGGGGGUCCGUUGACUGCAAGGACUGCUUUGACCUGGUCAACGGCCGGGAGCUGCGGCGGUGGCUGGUCGACGACGGCCGGCUCGGCUUCGGCAUCGACAGCGUGCUGAAGAUGAAGCGCGCGGGGACGAUACGCGUCGGGCUCGACGUCGGCGGCGGGACGGGGACGUUCGCGGCGCGCAUGCGGGAGCGCGGCGUGACGGUCGUGACGACCACGAUGGACCUCGACGGGCCGUUCAACGGCUUCGUGGCGUCGCGGGGGCUCGUGCCGCUGCACGUCAGCGUCGCGCACCGCCUGCCGUUCCACGACGGCACGCUCGACGUCGUGCACUCGAUGAACGUGCUGAGCAACUGGGUUCCGGACGCCGUGCUGGAGUUUGCGCUGUUCGACGUCUACCGCGUGCUGCGGCCCGGGGGCCUGUUCUGGCUGGACCACUUCUUCUGCGUCGGGGCGCAGGUGAACGGCACGUACGUGCCGAUGCUCGACCGGAUCGGAUUCAGGAAGCUGCGGUGGGCGACGGGGCGGAAGCUGGACCGGGGGAUCGACAAGAAUGAGUGGUACCUCUCUGCUGUCCUGGAGAAGCCCAUGACUUGAAUCAAAUGCAAGCUGUAAUGUGAUUCAUCCUGCUUAGACAGAUAGAUAGAGAGG